UAUGGAAGAAGACGUCUAUGUUCAACAAUUGCGGGAAGUAUUCAAUAGUUGCGAUGAAAGACAAAUAGGCUUUUUAGACGAACGUGGUGUUUCCGAGUUGUGCAAUAAACUACAAAUAGAACAAUAUUUGAAUGAAAUCCUUACUAAUCUAGCCGCCAAAUGCAAUGAUCGAGAAUUUGGCAUACAGUUUCACCAAUUUAAAGAAGCAUUUGUUGAAGUUUUAGAUGGAGUAUAUAAUACAUUAGAAGGAGAAGAGGAGGAACGAGAAGAGGAAGAACGAGAAGAUAAGAAGGAGGAAGAAUGCGAAAAACAAGAUCGAGAAGGGCAACAGCUAUCGAUAGAAGUUUACGAAGGUGAACGAAAUACGAAGGAAAAUAGGGCAAAGAAAAAAAGGCAAUGUGGUAACUUUAAAGAGUGUGAAGAAGAAAGAGCAGGAGAAGGAGGAGGAGGAGGAGGAGGAAGAAUUGAUGAUGCACAAGAUUUAUGUAUAUUAGAAGAAAGAAUAAAGAGACAAGAGACGGAGGGGAUUUGGUUUCUUCCAAUAGGAAUACUAGAUCAGGGAAACGUUUCAUCGGAAGAGAGUGUUCAUGAACAAGUAAGAUUAAUAUGGGACGAGUUACGAGUUGGUAUAGACGGCUAUUUAGAUAUGAAAGAAUUAGGUGUCGUUUGUAAUCAUAUUGGCAUGGAAGAGAUGGAUGAUUCGGAUAUAGACCGAUUAUUUAAUCGUUUGGAUAAAGAUAAGGAUGGCCGAGUUAGCUUUUACGAAUUUCUGCAGGGUAUUUAUAAUAGGUCGAGAACAGAGAGUAAAAUCGAUUUGUUACCAAACGAUAAUGCAUCUAUAUUUACCGAACUUGAUAAUAAUAAAUCUGGUUUUGCAAAAUCAUCAGAAGUAAUAAAACAUUGGAAAAAUUUGGGAAUUGAAAAUGGCGAAAAAAUUCUUAAUAUUUUUGGAGUAACAACACCAACUGGGGACGUUAACUUAAAAGAAUUAUCAGAAUGCUUAGAGCAAGAAAUGUUGACAGUAGUCCUUAGUAGCGACGUCUAUUCUGCAGCCUUGGCGUCUUUUAAAAGAGAAUUGCAUCACUUAAGAAUACUUUUGGAUGAUAGAGAGAAUGAAAAGAAGCAUUUAGAAGAGAAUCUUAAACUGACAAAUGCAAGACUACGCCACUUUCUUGAGGAAAGCGACGAAAGACAAUUUGAUAUGGAUAAUGCUAGAAAAGAACAAUUAAAGUUACUGGAGAAUAAAUACGAAGAUCAAGUAAAAUCUUUAAGAAAUCAGAUGAGGAGAGAAAAGAAUGAAAAAUUAGCAUCAACAUAUCAACAAUUGGCAGUUGCUGAGGAUCAAUUAAAAGAUUGUAGAAAAUCCGAAAAAGAACUCAAAAGUCAAUUAAGCCUUUGUCAGAAGGAAUUGAAAAAGGCCGACAACGAUUUAAAAGAAGUUAUUGUCAAGUGUAAUAACUUGAAGGAGGAGAAUAUUUGCCAAAAGGAAGAGAUUGAUCUCAUGCUUAGGGCUGAACGGGAGUUAAGAGAAAGUGAACAAAGAAGGGAGAAUAGUAGAGAAGAACAAAUUCGGCUCAGUAAAUACAAAAUUAACGAAUUACAAAAGGAAAAAUUGGCUCUCCAAGAUAACAUUGACGAGUUAUCCAUAGAAUUAGCCGAAUUAAAAUCUCAAAAAAAUGCUCAAAAACAAGAAAAAAUCUACGAUUCUAAAUUAGGAAAUAAUAGACGAACACCAACACCAAUUAGCGACACAGAAUUUAUAGAUGACGAUGUAAAUGGAACAAAAAGAAGAAGAAAAUUACCAGCUCGUCCAUCAGAAAGCGAAAUGAAAGAAAUCGAUCAAGUCAAAGUUGAACUACAAAAGGCAGUAUCCGACAGGGAUGAAUUACAAGCUACUGUUGAAGAAUUAGAAACGGAAUUUGCCGAAACAAUUGAAAAAAAUCAUAAAUUACAAAUUGAAGUUGCAGCCUUAAGACAGCAAUUGGAAGAUGGUGAUAUUGAUCCGAAAAUUGGUAAAUUACAAGAAUUAGCGAUCGAACAGGAAAGAAAAGACUUGGAGCAUUCGUAUAAAAUGGAAGUUGCCGAAAUAGAGGAGCUCAGGGAUAGAGAGAGAGAAGAGAUGGAAGCGAAAUUGGAGGAGGAACGGACUCGGUUUGAAGAAUUAUUAGAGAACAAAUUGAAAGAGAAGGAGGAAGAACUGCAAAAAGUUUUUGCCAACGAUCUUCAAGACGUUAGGAUUAGGUGCGAAUCAGAAAAGAAUCUAUUCGUUCAAAAAAUGAAUGCGGAAAAGGAAGAGGAGUUGCAAAAACUUCGUGAUGAAAAUGAGAAACAAAAAGAUAGCGAUAACAAUCAGGAUAUUGUUGAUCGUUUAAAUAAGAAAAUUGCCGAAUUAGAAAUUCAACUUAAAUUACAAAGAGAAGAGUUAGAACUGGAAUUUGAACAGAGAAAGAAGGCCAUUAUAGAAGAAUUUGAGAGGGAGAAAAGUGAUUUAGAAAAGGUUCAUCGAUCCAAGAUAUACGAUUACGAACAAAUGUUUGAACAGGGUCCGAGUGUUCUUAAAGGCAAACUAAAGAAUGACUUUGAAAAGAUGCUAAACGACUAUAAAGAAGCUGAAAGAAAUAAAAUGAAAGAAGAAUUUGAUAACGAAACCAUUGAACUAAGCAAAGAAUUCGGUAAGAAGCUAGAAGAUGAGCAAGUAAGGUUUACGGAGGAAUUACAAGAAGAGAGGAUAAAGCUACAAGAAAACUAUGAUAAAGAAAAUUCAGCUUUAAAAGCUCAACUUAAUGAAGUAAAGGACUCUUUAGACAAAACCAAAGACUCUUCUACCUUAAUCCAAAAUUUACAAACUGAAUUACAGGAAAAGGAUGAUGAACUUUUGAAACUGCAACAACUUCAAACAAAGAGCCGAGAAAAAGAAAUUGAGAAUAAUGAGAGAUAUUUCGAUUUGGAAAGACAAAAGAACGAUUUGGAGAAAAAGUAUCAGGAGCUUAUCGAUGAUUCAACAAGAGAAAAGAAUGACUUAAAUGUGGAAAUUAAGCGUUUAGAAUGUGAUAUUGAAGAUCUCAAAGAUAAGAUAUCAAAUGCUCAAAAAGAGAUGAAUAGGCAGGAUGAUUAUGUUGAUAACUUGAAAGAGUUUGAAAAGCAAUUAGAAACCAGAAAGAAACAUGAACAAGAGAAUCUAAAUGCCGCUAUGAAGUACCGUAAAGAAGUCGAUGACCUAGAUUUUAAGUUGAAAGAUGCUGAAAUCUUACUGAAACAGGAAAGGUCGAAAAUUGAAGAUUUAGAGAUAGAACUCAGGGAUAAGAAUGAAAUGGAAAAAAUACAAUUGAAGAUGAAAAAUGAGGAGGAAAGUGAAAAGGAAAGAUUAAAUUCUUCUAAAAGAUUUUACGCUAUGGACGAUACCGAUAAGAAGAAGAACAGCGAACUUAUGGAUGAAAAGAACAACUUGGAACUAUCCUACGUCCGAUUACAAGAACGAAUAGGCAAUCUUUUAAAUCAGAAUCUUAGUAAAGAAUUAACAAAGGUUCAGAAGGAAAAUUGGGAAUUUGAAAGAGAUAGAAUGUCGGAGCAAUUAAAUAAAACCAAUGAAGAAAUGGCUGAGGUUCGGACCAUAAUGUCUCUUAGACAAUCGCAAAAUCAGAGAGAAAUUCAAAUAUUAAAAGAUAAACUGGACAACUCGGUUGAUACUCUUAAAUAUAGAAACGCUUGUAAUAAAUUAACGGAAGCUGAAUAUAAAAUUCGCCAAUUGGAAUCUAGAUUAAACGAAAGAUCGACACAUAUCAAUAAUAUUAUAACAGGCACUUUAAAUGAACAUAAAAAAGGUAUAUUAGACUUGGAAGAUGAGAAAGAAAAGGUCAAGAGGCAAUUGGACAAUACUAAGGAAGUCUUAGACGAUCACGUGAGAAAAUUACAAAGACAAGUAUAUUGUUCUAUGGUUAAUUAA